CUCGAUGGUAUUGUUAAUUUUGAAUCGUGUGAUGAAGCAUGUCUGGAAAGAUUCAUGAAUUCUGAUGUAGCGAUUGAAGAAGAAAUCAAACAGGAGUUAAUUGAGACACCCUCUUAUGAAAGUGAUGGUGAUGGUGAAAUACCUUUUGUAUGUAAUAUCUGUAAUAAAAUAUUUACCACAACUUAUCUAUUAGAUCAGCACAUUUGUGAUAAUACCAUAGAACAACCUUUGAACUUUAAAGAGUCUUAUAACCUAAAACAAAAUACGAUUGCUGAUUCUGAAAAGCGUCCUCAUACAUGUGUAAUAUGCGAUAAGUCAUUCAAAAGAUUGAGUGCUCUGCGAUUACAUAUGGGCAUACAUUCUUUAGAACUUCGAUAUAAAUGUGAAAUAUGCCACAAAGGAUUUCAUUUCUUAUAUUCUUUAAAAUAUCAUAUGCGUUCUCAUACCGGAGAAUAUCCCUAUAAAUGUGUAUUAUGCGAUAAGAAAUUCACACGUUCAAGUGGUAUAAAAACUCAUAUGCGUAUCCAUACAGGAGAGCGACCUUAUAAAUGCAAAAUAUGCGAUAAGACGUUUGCAGUGUCAGGUGCAUUAAACAAGCAUAUGCGUAUUCAUACAGGAGAGCGUCCUUACAAAUGUGAAGUAUGUGACUAUGCCUUCAGACAAUGGGAUCAUUUAAAAAGUCAUAGGAAUACUCAUAAAAAAGAGUAUCCUUAUAAAUGUGAAAUUUGUGAUGAAAUUUAUUCUAGUAAAAAAGGGUUGGUUGAUCACAAACGUGUAAAUAACUGUAAAAAAUUUUUGUGA